GCGACCUGGUCCCCAGAGGCUCCCUUCGUUUGGAUCACAGGGUGCCUCGAGCUGGAAGUGUGUCACCAGUACAGAUGAAGCCCUCUUUGCUGCUGCUUUGUCACCUCUGGCUGAACAGCCUCACACCUCUCUUGUGGGCAUCAGACUGGGCACAAGGCACCUCCAGCCUAACAUGCUGGUAUGACUCACGGGCAACUCUCUUCUGUGACUGGAACUCAGGCAGAGACCUGGCUGAAGCACCAUGUCAGCUGGAGAUUUUAUCCAAGUUCCCUCUCUGUUAUAGGUCACUUGAAAAAAUCAGGGAGCACUGUGAAUUGCUCAAGGCAGAACACAUGACAGGACUGAGGAGAUGCAUCAAGACCUUCAACAAAAACAGUAAUACUCAGUGCUUCACCACUGCAGACCGUCUGACCAUGUCUGUGCACUGCCAGAUUGGAGAGAAUGGGACUAUACCUGUGCAAAUAGAAAAUUUCAGUCCACUUGCAAAUAUAAAGCUGAGGCCUCCAGGAAAUCUUCAGCUCGUUAGCAAAAGUGACAACAUCUACAACUUAACGUGGAGCCUGAAUAUUUCCUCUCACUAUUUGGAUGGGGAGAGAGAAUACCAAGUGCGGUACCGAACCACGAGUCAGUCCUGGGAGGAGGCCAAGAACUUCUCCAUUGUUCAGGACCAGAUGUGGGUGAGGUUUGAGAACCUCUCCCCUGACCUGAAAUAUGAGGCAGCUGUCCGUGCAAGACCAAGUGCCUCGAGUACCUUCAAAGGUGUGUGGAGCGACUGGAGUGAGACAAUACUGUGGAGGACACCUGGAAAACAAACAUCCCAGCCAUUCCUGCCAGCUCUUAUAGUGAUCACCUGCAUCUUCGUGAUCAUGGGGACUGCCUUCCUCAGUAACUUAUGGAGCCUGAAAUGGUUUAAGAAGAUCCUGAAGAUCCCAGACCCCAAGAAGUUCUUUCCCACGCUUGUUUCAGUCCACGGAGGUGAUAUUCAGAAAUGGUUCUCCUCCCCAUUCUCCACAUCUUCCUACUGUAUGAACAGCACAACCCCAGAGAUCUCCAUGCUCGAGGUGAUGCAGAAGAAUGACCAGGAAUCCCAGUUUAUGCUUUCCAAGGGAACCUUGACUCCUGAUCCUCCCAUAGAAACCAGUGGGCAUUCUGUAUCCAGCUGCUUCACCAACCAAGGCUACUUCUUCUUCCACCUUCCCAGCUCCUUUGAGAUUGAGCCCUGUCAAGUCUACUUCACCUAUGAGCCUUUCAUCCAAGAGGGCAGUGGCAGUGAGGAUGGAGAAUCUUACCAUGCUCUCCCCUCCCCAGGCCUCUGCACACUGGCAGAGGACGUUCCUGUGUUGUCCCAAAACUUCCUUCACUGUAGCAAGGCAACUCAGGCUUUCCAAAACAGCUCUUUCCUUAAAGAAACACAAGGUGAAGCCCAACAGACUCUGGCUACUUCUGGGGUUUUUCAGUCAGGUGAAGGCACCUCACCAACAACAUUUCUGAAGCAGGGUGAGAAGGUGAUGGACAAAACAUCUUUAGAACCUGCUGAAGCCUCGUGCCAGAUGGACACUGACUUUUCUGACCCACCAGACCUUUGUGGAAGAGAUAAAACUGAUGUACUGGAGGGGAGUGGGAAGGUACACCCUCCAAUUGACCCAUAUACACCAGCAGCACACACCAUCUCUUCUUUCUCUCAGCCUUCACCUCUAAGGCAAAGCCAGGAUGAAAAUCCAUGCAGAACAGCCUUCUCCAGCCAGUUCCCAAACACUGGUGCCUACCUUUCCAUGAAGGACCUCCAAAGCCAAUACAGCCAUUGUUCUGUCUAG